UGCAGGUGCUGCCGUGUGAUCUCAACUUCCCUAAUCAGUGCUGAAGAGGAUAAGGAAAGACAAGGAAAGUGUCCUUGGGAAGGCAGCACAUGGAGGAGGAAAAGCCACCAAGGAAGUAAACACAGGUGUCACCAGCCCCAAACAACGACCUGCCAUGGGUAUAAAAAUCACCAGGCUGCGACUUCGUGACCACCUUUACCUUAAAGGUGCCGGAUCUGCUGGACCUCUGCAGAGAUCUUCUCCGAGCUCCUGGGACUGCCGGAACAUUCAGCCGAGGAUUGAUAAAGGAAAAUGGAAGGCGAUUGUGACCAGCGGGAAGGGCGAACUUCGUGGCAUCACCAACCCUGUUUGUACUGCGGGGAAAAUGCUUUCAAAUUUGUGAUUGCAGGAUUUACUUUGCUUUCUGGUAUGUGCAUAGUGCUGAGCACCCAGUGUGUCCAACCAACCCAUCAGCACCUUGGACAAAAUGUCAUUCAUUCUCACUUAGAAAGGCACCUUAACACACAGGCCACAGCCCAGCACAGGGUUAGGAGGCACACAGAAAUUGGGACUGAUUGGCCCUGGUCCCAAGCUUACAUAAAACAUACGGGAAUCAUGGGAUUAAAUUCUAACAAAGGCUUAAAUUUGUCAACAGUGGUUAUGCAUGGGACAGAGGUGUACUUGGAAAAUGAGUGGGGCUGGGAUAGCACAAACAGACUUCCACAGCUGCUGGGGAAGGUGGGACAGCAAAUAAAGGUGGGGUGCAGGGUAAUUAAUGGAUCCACUCACCAGAGAGUGACUCAAAUCUCUGUCACUGAAGUAAAAACUAAAAAGAAUCAGAAAAAAAUCUGUGCUGUGGAGAAAUUGGACUGCUGGUACAACUUUACUUUGGUCCAACCAGUAUUUGUGGUUUGCCUCUGGGCAGACAACAGCGUGGGGCUGUCCUUUAAAUUUAAGAUCAGCACCACUGCACCCUCCUUUGCUGCCAUUAAGAUCUCAAAGUGUCAUUUUUUGUCAUGGCAUGCAGCCCCUUAUGCUGAAAUUGGCAACCAGGUAAAACUGGAAAUUAAAUACUCCCAAGAAAGUGUAGCUGACCCAACACAAAUUAAUGGCACCACCGUGACUGUCACAGCUCCUAACGGCCACAAGUGGAUCAUUCCAUUGACCUGCCUCUAUGAGAGCAAAACUCUAGAUAGAUCUGAACUAGAUGCAGAGGCUUCUUGGUAUAAUCAGGAUUAUGGACGCUGCCCACACCUGAUCAUAACCCUCCAGGUGUGGUGUCGAGGAAAUCUGAGCGUAGAAAUGUCCCCCAGACUUGGAGGAAAGUGGUGGAUAGAAGGCCCUGAAGGAUUUAAAAAAGAAUUUUCCAUCACUGCUGUCUUGCCCCCUCUCAUUUCCAAAAUAGGCCCUUAUGUAGUGAAGAAAAAUCACAUCCAGGAGCUGUUGACAGGGCCUGUGCGGUCACUAAAGAAGGUGGUGCUGUCUCUGUCCACUGUUAAUAUUUCCUCUGUCCGGCCACACUGUGCCCCCUUCCUGGCUACUCUGCACACUGGCUGGCUGGCGUGGCUCCACAGCCGCUCCCUCCAGCCCACCCGGGCCAGGAGAGACCUGCUGGCCACAGUGCUGGGAGGAGGAGGUGCUGGUCUGGGAGUCCUCAACAGCAUGAAUUCUGAGGUCUUGGCCAACAAGCUGGAGACUGUCAGCUCGGGCGUGCAGGACCUCCUCAAGCCCCUGAAUUCAUCCCUGUCCAGCCUUGGGAUGGGGCAGUGGCUUGUGUCAGAGGUGCUGCCCACCUGGGAACAAAUAAGUGAGAAAGACCAUCAGGUGCUGUUGCGAGCCCUGGGCAUCGAACAAAGUAACGUCUCUCUUGCUCUCAGCUGCAUCCAGGCCCAGAUGUGGGUGCAGAGUGUCAUUGCAGGCAUCCUGAGAGACGGUGACAACGGCGUCCUGCCCACUGAGAUCCGAAAGAUCGUGUGGGACGCGGCCACAGAGAAGGAGCGGCAGCUCCAAGCCUGGUGGAGGCUCGUCAACUUCACCCACGACCAGACCCUCAACGCGGUCAUUGCCCACGUCCUCACUGUGGCAGAGGCUCGCAUUGAAAAGGUCUAUCCCAUCGUGGCCCUGGGGGUGAACACCAACGGCUCUGUGGUCUAUCCCCUGGAGUACCGCAUGUGGGCCAGGGUGUCUGAUGGGAAGUGGGAGACGGUAGAUUUGGAAGCCUGCAUUUUGGAGAGGGGGCUGGGAUUCAUAUGCGAAGAUGAUGCCCUUAAGGCGAGUGAUGUGUGCUUUGACACCAAAGAAGGGGUGUGCCACUUUGAGAUCAACCCCCAGAGCAGUAACAAAACCGUGUUAGUGUACGUAGGGAAAGGCUGUGUGUGCUUCAGAACGACGUGUAAAUAUGUGCAAAUUAAUGAAGCAUAUAACCAGUCUGUGUUUAGCGAUUCAAAUAUGUGUGCUUGCAAUGUAGCUACUAUUAGAGGCUGUGAUUUUGUGUAUAAGCCACCUGUAUUUACUAGCCAGUUGCUAAUUAGAAACUAUACCUUGUAUCGUAGUAUAACCCCGACCCCCAUCGGAAUGGAUUUAUCACUUGUAAAAGAAAUGUUAGAGCAUGCAAGUUUGCAGCAGCUGCUAGAAAAUGCCAGGGCCGAAGCUAAAAAGAUCCUAAUAACGGUUCACCAUGAUGGUAAAGUUAUAAAACAAGUAAUGGAACGAAUUAAGAGGGUGGGAGAACAUCACUGGUGGGAAGUUUUUUUCGGCUGGUCCCCCACAGCCACUGGCAUUUUCAACGCGCUGCUGCACCCCGUUGUAGUUAUACUGCUAAUGCAAAUCUGCGUGUGCUUUGCCAUGGUAGUCACUUGUUACCGGAUGAGGCAGGUGAAACUCUGCUUUGAUAACCAGGUGAAAGGAGCGGGGCUGGCCAAGACCCUCCUGAAAUAGUCAAGGGCAAGACUGGGUUGGCCUCUGUGUUUGCCACCAAGAAGAUCUUUUGGCUCCGCUGUUGGCUGCAACCCAGUAGGCGUUGAGCGGUGGGGACACACGCCAUGCCAGACCUUGAUGAGAGGAUGGCCUUCUCUGUUACCAGAGGCCAGCCAGGAGGGGAGGACAGGCCAAGCAGCCUGCAGAUGGCAUGAGCCUCAGAAUGGCUGAGGUUGCAAGGGACCUCUUGAGAGGUUUCAUUUAGUCUGAGUCCACCUGCUCAAGAAACCUGUUUCAUUGUUUGAUCACCCCUGUAGUAAUGAAGCAAAAGUUAGCAUAAGUAAUUUGGUUUUUAACUUCCCAUCCCCAAAUAUUAAUGUUAAGAAGCUGCUCUUGUGUGAUUUAAGAGUCCUUAAAAUGCCUGUGAGAGGCGACCUGGAACACAGGCUAGACAGAGUUAAAGGAAUAAAGCAGGGAUUUGUUAAAAAGCCUUUAAAGGGUACACCUUGGGCAGUACAAGAGCCUGGCCAUGGUUCCACCCAAGAUGGACCCAAGUGGACUCCAGAUGGACUCCAAGUCACAAGUUUUCACACUUUUAUAAGUUUUGGUCCAUUUACAUAUUGGGGUUAAUGGUCCAAUUACAGCUCAGGUUAUGCAGUCCCAUCCUCCCAGACUGCUCUCCUCAAUUUGCUGCUGUUUGCACUUCUGCAAAACUGUGCUUGGUUCUCAGGCUGGAAAAGGAUUGUUUUGUCUAACUAAACUGUCAAGAAGACCUGCUAAUACUUUAUAUGAAUUUAGUAUCAGGUUUUAUAUCUUCUUCUUUCCCUUCAGUCAGAGUCAGGCUUAAGAGCACAAGAGACAGAAUUUCAUAUUCGGACUCAGAUGUUUAUUAAUUCUUAUCCAUGUUACAGUGAGUGCUACAGCACUCCUAGCUAAUAAGCUAAAAAUGGAGAAAUGGCUAUAUAUCUCUCUCAUUACAAGAUCAUUUAAGGCUUAAUUGUCCAAUUAAAAACUAACACCUAGAUUAUUUUUACUUUUGACCCAAUGACCAAAUACCUCUGACCUGCAGUGUGGUAUUUUCUAUCCAAUUAAACAAGAUCCCACCUAGACCCAUGAAGCAGAAAAGAAACCUCCACCCUAAAACCUCCAUCUUGCUGUAUUCUAAACCCCUAAAUUCUAAAUUUUUCACCAUGUGAUACCACACUUCUAUUCAAACCACACACCAGUGAUUCUAGUUCUAUCAUUCAAUUUUGGAAGCCUUCUCCAAGGCUUCAGGUCAAAAGCAGUGUUCUUUUGGGGGUCAGUGCCUGACAGCACAGAAAGUUCAAAACUCUCAGUUUGCAGGGUUCCAACAGUUCAGAGCCACAUACUAAGGCAGUACAGAAUCUAAACAACAUGAAAGCUAAAACUCAAGGCAUCAUUUAACCAGGGAGAUGGGGACAAGGACACUGUCUUUGGAAGGAAAGAGAAGGAACUGUGACACCUGAGCUUGGAAAAAGCACCCAUUGAAGACAGCAGGGGUGUGAAGAGCCUCAAAGACUUGGAAAGAUGGUAAAAGAUGAGCAGAACAGAGGACCCUGUAAUCCACAUGGACUUUAAGGAGCUGAAUCCACAUGGACCUUUGCAGCACCAUCUCCAGGUUCCCAAGACUCCCUGCACGUCUGGCCAGCGGAUUGGUGAGAUCUUGUUUAUGGAGCCUGGCAUCACUGCUUUGCUUUGUUUUUCUUAGCUGUGCAUGUACUCAAUAAAUCUUUCAGUUAGA